UUCAUGGAAGUAUGGCUGAGAAUUUCAGAGAUUUACCAUCAUGAAACCGGAGCACUCAUUUAAUUCACUGAAAGGGAAUGACUUGUCAAGUUCAGAUGCCCCAAAACAUGAAUAUUUGAUAGUUACUGCAGAUGACUUUGGUUACUCCAUGCAAAGAGAUAAAGGAAUUAUACAAGCAUUUAAUAAUGGAAUUAUCACCCGAGCAUCGUUACUAGUUAACGGUCAAACUGCCCAAACAACUGCAGUGACACUUGCAGGAAAACAUGGGCUUCCGCUAGGCCUUCACCUCAACUUGACCGAAGGAAAACCAGUGCUUGAAAAUGAUGGUAGUUCAUUGAUGAGUGAAGGAACAGUGUACUUUCGUGGAAAAUUUGGAUUCAGAGAAGCAUUAUCACGUGGAGAAAUUGACAUGAUGCAUGUUAAAGAUGAAGUAGAAGCACAGAUAGAGACAUAUAUCAAACUUGUUGGAUACCCUCCUAACCAUGUUGACGGCCACCAACACAUUCACAUCUGUCCAGAGAUACGAGACACCAUCGCACAGGUCAUGAUCUCGUACUCUCUUCAUCAGAUACGCAUUCCACUCGAACCUCACCUGGCUAGUUGGUUUGAUGGCAACACUGUCUUCUAUAACCAUAUUUUCAAAGAAGCUAAAACUGCCAUGGAUGUCUAUAAUAAAUACCAAAUAAGGUAUCCGCAAGCGUUCAUGGGCAUAUCCCUGAUGGGAAAACACAUGACUACAGAGAGAAUCAUACAGACCUAUAAAGCAACAAGGACUGCCGCUCAUCAACGACCGUCCGUGUGCGAGUUCAUGGUGCAUCCUGGGUAUCCGUGUUUUGGAAAUCAAGGGGGUUGUGGUGAAGGGCCUGAUGAGUUCGCUCGCUCUGAAGAACGAGAGCACGAAUUAAACGUUUUGUGCGAUUCGGAAUUGAAACGCAUUUUGAAAGAGUUGGGCGUCGUGUUUAUAUCCUGAUGUUUUCCUACCGUAGAGGCAAAUAAUUCGAAUCAUUACAUGAAGUAUGCGCGGUCUACUCAUUACAUUGAGUAAGUGCCGUGAGAGUCAGUAUAUUUCCCGAUUACUAUCGCAGAUUACUAUCGCAUCUUGCCGGAUUACUAUCGCAUCUUGCCGGAUUACUAUCGCAUCUUGCCGGAUUACCAUCGCAUUGCGAAGCGGAUACAACAAACACAAAGUUCAGAAAUAAGAGAAAAUAAAAUUUAUUUUCAGUACUAGGUGAUAUAUUAAUAUAACCAUCAUUAUGAAGGUAUCAUUUUUAAUGGAAAAUCAUUUAUUUCAACCACAAAAUAAACUCUUAAU